UUCCGAAGCACUUCAAAAAGAUCUGCGGGAUUUCAUGCAAGAUGAACGUUAUCGUGUACAUGUCUUUCAUUGGCCAAUCGCAAGCUUUCCUUUAACAGAGCUUAUCUGUACUGAGAAAGUACACGCGGCAUCCCUCCGCACUCUGAAGCCGCUCUGUAGGCCCCGCCAUCGUCACGUUGUCGACUCCACAUUGAUGGAACAGCUUUCGCGCCGCUCUAGUAAGAUUCCGUAUAUGGUAUAUAACAGCGUGAAUGCCUCCCUCCUAUCUGGCCCAUUAUACGACUACUUCACUCGCAUCGAUCACUUCUUUUCCGCGAGGACCAUUACACAUUGUGAUCACUACAGGAGCCGAGUGUUCGAUAUAAUCCACGACCACCUUCCCAUCAGCCGCAAUGGCGCCCCAUCCCUUCAAAAACCUCAAUGCUGAGGAGACGCGUGCCGCCCGUGACACUGUUCUCUCGCUGCAUAAAGAUGUGCUGGUCAAUUUCCGAGAGAUUUUCCUUCAAGAACCAGAGAAGGAGCUGAUGAAGGAGUUCCUCGAAGCUGAGCACGCAGCAAAACCUGGCCAGUCGCCAUCAUCGAAGAGACCGUCAAGAUUGGCCAAGGUCAUGUAUGAUGUCAUCGGAGACGACCGCAUUCCGGAGUACAACGAGUCGAUUAUCGAUGUAGAUCAGAAGAAGCGUGUAAGGCACGAGGUCGUCGGGAAGGAGAAAGGUCAGGCAAGCUUGACCCUAUGGGAAUUUCAGGAGUUAGUCGACGCUUGCAAAAAGAGCAAGGAAUUCCAGGAUGCCAUCGCAGAAUUUCAACUUCCUGAAGGAUUUGAGCUUGUGGUCGAACCAUGGCCAUAUGGCGGACUCGACUUCGGCGCAGAGAACCGCAGAUAUUUCCAAGGCUUGUGCUUCGCUCAAGACACCCGCAAUGGCAACCCUGACUCCAAUUUCUACGCAUAUCCGCUUCCCCUCAUCCCGGUUAUGGAUGCUCACAAGAAGGAAAUUGUUCGGCUUGAUCGUCUAGCAACUGGUGGAAAGAGUGACAGCCUUACCGGAAAGACACACUCACCACGCGUCCUUGAUCAUUGCCAAUCUGCAGAGUACGUCCCUGAGCUUGUCGAGGGCGGCACGCGGAAGGACGUGAAGCCCAUCAACAUCACACAACCAGAGGGCCCUUCAUUCAAGGUCACAGAUGAGUCGCUUGUUGAGUGGCAAAAAUGGGCUUUCCGCGUGUCGUUCAACCCUCGUGAGGGUGCUGUUCUACACGAUGUGCGCUACGAAGGUCGGAGCAUCAUGUACCGCAUGAGCAUCAGUGAGAUGACUGUUCCAUACGCCGACGCACGCCCUCCAUUCCAUCGCAAGCAGGCCUUUGACUUUGGUGACGGAGGCGCUGGCAAUUGCGCAAACAAUCUCUCGCUUGGCUGCGACUGCCUAGGUGUCAUCAAGUACUUUGAUGCCGUUAUCGUCGGCAAUGACGGCGAGCCCAAAGCUCACCCUAAUGUCAUUUGUCUGCACGAGCAAGAUAACGGUAUCGGCUGGAAACAUACGAAUUGGAGGACUGGCCGUGCAGUUGUCACACGAAUGCGCGAGCUCGUCGUACAAUUUAUCAUCACUUUAGCAAACUACGAGUAUGUAUUUGCUUACAAGCUCGACACGGCAGGGGGCAUCACCCUUGAGGUCCGCGCUACCGGUAUCGUCUCGACUGUCAACAUCGACCCCGGAAAAACAUCUCUGUACGGGAACGUGGUUUCCGGCGGAGUCCUCGCACAGAAUCAUCAGCACAUUUUUGCCGCGCGCUUCGAUCCUGCCAUCGACGGUCAUAAGAACACCGUCACUUACGAGGAAUCACUUCCUGCACCAUGGGAUAAGGAAACAAACCCCAACGGCAAUUUCUACGAGAUACGCAAGACUGUAGUCAAUCGCUCUGUCGGUCUUGAUGCGAACCCUAUGGAUCACCGAGUGUUCAAAAUCAUCAACCAGGACAAGAGAAAUCCUCACAGCGGCAACCCAGUGGGUUACAAGUUUACACCUCUCCCUACACAAAAGUUACUCGCAGCACCAGGUUCGAUUCAGGCUCAGCGGGCACUGUUCACAAACCAUCAUGUCUGGGUGACUAAAUACCACGAUGACGAGCUUUAUGCUGCUGGUCGCUUUACAUUGCAGAGUCAACUGGAACAGGGCGGUGUACACGAUAUGGCCGCGCGGAAAGAAGAUGUGACGAACGAGGAUCUGGUCGUCUGGAACGUGUUUGGCCUUACUCACAAUCCGCGUGUUGAGGACUGGCCAGUCAUGCCGUGCGAGAUCUAUCAACUGCACUACAAGCCCAGUGAUUUCUUUGACAGGAAUCCUGCUAUCGAUUUCCCCAGCCAAAAGAAUCAGGCCAGUGUACUGGUUCCCAAAAUCGAAGAUUGCUGUGCUCAGAAGCUGUAGUGUUGGAUGGGAUGUGGUAUGGCACUUGCUAACGUAUAAUUAUCAAAUUCAAAAUUUCUUCAAUACAC